UGGCAUGUUGGCUGCGGAGGCUGGGUUCGAACAGCUGAUGGCCGCUGAGGAAGGGUCGGUGACACCGGUUGACAUGUCCGCUUACGAAAAGAACCUCAAGAAGAGCUGGGUGUGGGACGAACUCCAAGAAGUCCGCAACCUGCGGCCAAGUUUCAAUACUCGUCUGGGUAUAUGGGGUGGCUUGGCUUAUUCUGGAAUCGACUCGUUGAUACUCAAGGGCAGAGUACCGUGGACGUUUAGGCAUAAGGGUACCGAUAGCGGACAUACGGGCAAAGCGAGGCAAGUCUCCCACCAUCCUCAGAACUAUGCGCCGCUUUCCACAGAUAUUUUGACCUCGGUCUCGUUGACUUCGACCAACCAUGCAGAAGACCAACCCGUCCACCUCCAACUACCAUACACGACGCUGUACCCAGACUCUGCAUCGGCCACUGGGGAGACGACAGAAGUGGAUGGAGACGCAGUCGACGCUCAGCGAGCAAAGGAAGCCGCACAGGCCCGUGUUCACCAUAUCAAGGUCAAUGUUGGCGAGUAUGCAGGGUUGUUGGGGAGAGCAUGUCCAGCCUCGGUAUACGAGUAUGUAGAUGCUGAACCUGGAGAAGAGGGAAGCUGGGAAGGCAAGAAACUGGUCAUCAACUCGCAGCUGAUCUACAACCAAGCACCACCAACUCUCACCUCGUUACAAGAAAACACGGCCUUCUUCCGAUCGCCGUCGCCGUUCCAUCGCAAACCCUUUCAAGUGGUGGAUAUCCCGGGGCACCCUAGAAUACGUGGGCAGUUUACCAACUACUUUCAAGAUGGUAGUAAAGGAAAGAGCACGGCUAAUGGUGUCAAGGCUGUCGUUUUUGUCUGCGAUGCCGCUGCGUUGACGCGCAAUGCGGGUGCUGUUGCAGAACACUUGCACCUCGUCAUGCAUUCAAUCUCAAACCUGCCUCCCUCUCAACCGCAACCACCUCUCCUCGUAUUCGCAAACAAGGCCGACUUGUUACCCACUCCUGCUGCGACCGGCGCUGCUGGUGGUGUGAAACUCAAGAUACCAAACAAGGCGCUCGCCAUCAGCCGCACGACCACAGUUCUCGAACGCGAGCUCGAAAAGCGGCGACUCAACUCGUUCAAAUCAGGCCCGGCUGUCCUCAGCGAUAUUGGAGACGAACACGGAGAGGAUGAAGAUACUGUGGGUGGAUUGGACGUUACGGAAGGCGAGACUUUUCGUUUCGAAAAGUGGGACGGAGGUGUGAUCGAGGUUAGGAGUGGAUGGGUGGACGUCCAGCGCGCGACUGCCUCUGCCGCUGGGCACGAGUCGACGGAUGAAGGUAGCGAGAAUGAGGAGCACGAAAAGAGGGAAAAAGUGCGCGAUCCCAAAGUUGCCGAGCCCAAGACGGACGGUCUUGCAGACUUGGUCAACUGGAUCGCUGCUCUCAGAUAG